AUGGCGGAUACAGAUGGACAUCAGGCGGCCAUAAUCAUCUCAUGGCUACUGGGCUGGAUCUACUUCCUGGCAUGGACGAUAUCUUUCUUCCCGCAAGCCGUCCUAAACAUACAAAGGAAGACGACCCAAGGCCUACUACCAGACUUCCCGCUACUGAACUGCUACGGGUUCUCGUGCUACACUCUGUCAACCGCAUUAUUCCUCUUCUCACCACAAAUCCGCGCGCAGUACGCAGCACGACACACAGUCUCUCCAGAACCAACUGUUCGCAUCAAUGAUUUGGCAUUUGGGGCCAUUGGCCUGACGAUGAGCGUGGUCACCUACUCGAUGUUUUGGCCCCGGCUGUGGCGUUGGGAGCACAAGCCGGGCGUUCGCAGGCAUGUGAAUUCGAUUACCAUGGGCCUAAUCUGGGGAAGUUUCAUCGCACUCCUGACGACCAUCAUCAUCGUGGUCUCGAAAGGGACGGCGGGCGAUGCUCGAGGGUGGGCAUGGAUUGAUGUGGUCUAUACGAUGGAGUACAUCAAACUCGUCAUGACAGUUUUCAAGUACAUACCCCAGGUAGUGGCCAAUUUCCGCCGCAGGUCGACGAUCGGUUGGUCCAUUACCCAGCAGCUUCUGGAUUUUACGGGCGGUAUUGGCAGUCUGCUUCAGCUUGUGAUUGACAGCAGCUUGCAGAGUGAUUGGUCUGGCCUGACAGGGAAUCCGUUAAAGUUCGGUCUUGCGAACAUAUCCCUGGUGUUCGACAUCAUCUUCAUUUUGCAGCACUUUGUUCUGUUUGGACCGGUUGAGGAGAGCACCCCAAAGGACGACCAGUCCCGUGAUGUGAUAGACGAUAGAGAACCGUUACUCCCAGGCGGGACGAGGGCGUAG